ACAAUGUUACAGCGUCAUUGUUAUCAACAACCACCAACAAACUCAAAAUUUGAAAUUCAAACACAUUAAAAACCCAAACAAUAAACAAACCAUUUUAUACUCUGCAAUCUUUCAUCUGCAAAGUAAGAGAUCAACCUCGUCUCCUUCCUCAACACGCCGCAGCUAUGUCCGAUACCGCAGCAGACGAAACUCCAGUCGCCGGAGAAAUGCUUAACACCGCCGACACUGAACAACACCCACCACAUUCAUCGGACAAUCUUUCUGAAAAGAUGGAGAAGAUGAACAUCUCUGGUUCAUCCUUCAGCAUUUGGCCCCCAACUCAGCGAACCAGAGACGCUGUAAUCAACCGUCUCAUCGAGACGCUUUCUACCCCUUCCGUCCUCUCCAAGCGCUACGGAUCUUUGCUGCCCGACGAAGCUUCUUCCACCGCUAUAUCCAUCGAAGAGGAGGCUUACAACGCCGCCGCCGCUUCCUCCGCUCCUGCUUCUUCUGCUACCGCUUCCUCCAUUGAUGAAGGCAUCGAGAUCCUUCAGGUUUACUCUAAAGAGAUCAGCAAACGGAUGCUUGACGCCGUCAAAUCUAGGGCGGCUCCUCCUUCUGAUGUGUCCACUGCACCUGAAUCCGAUCGUGCGACUGUUGCAAGUGAGGAAGUUUCUUCUUUCGUUGAUAAUGAAUCUUCGUCUUAAGGUUUUAAAUUCUAAUUAUCUGUUAAACUCCAGAUCUGUUGCUCUUAUGGCUUUUUACUGUCUACAUUUUAUAUGCUAGGAUAUAUUCUAGAUCUUCUAUGUUCUUAUGACUGCUAUAUGAUGCAAAUUAUAUAAAUUGAGAAUGUUCCUCAUUUUCUGGAAUUUCGGGGGUACUUGGUGAUGGUAAUUGUGUAUCUUUCAUUUUCUAAUAUUGGUAAAAUCUAGCUAUGCUCAACCUAUGUUGAAUGUGGUAGGUGGAAUGUCUUUAAUGCCGUAUCGAUAAGCGUAAUUAGGAUUUAUAACCAGAUUUAGUGUCAUGUAUUGGAUUUUCUUGAUUUCGUUGGUUAAUGCUUUUAUUGAGCGUAUUAAUUUGA